AUGCCGAUUCCAUUCGUUCUCGUGUGCGACUUGCUGGACGAGUGCCACCGGCUUUGCAUCGCGAAUAAACCCAAUACACAGGCUGUUGUCGACUGGUUUGCACGCCAUCGCGGCCGGAUUAAUGCACAUGAUACAGACCCGGCUGCCUUACUCUCUACUUUGCUACCGGAAAAACGGACAGACCGAGUUUACUGUAUCAAAGCGCCAACUUUGGAGAAGAUUAUUGGGAGAGCUUUGAUGCUUGGAUCGUCCCGAAUCGUCGAACUUGCCUUAUACAAACAACCCGGACAGCGCACCGACCUUGCAGAUUGUGCUGAACGCAUUCUUAAUACUACCCCAAACCCUACUUCCAAUGAGAAACCGCGAAUCAGCGUGGAAGAAAUCGACGAGGCCUUGCACAGAUUGGCGUCCAGGAUCAAAUGGAGCUCUCCAUCUAUUCGGAAUUCCCAAGCCGCUCUGACCCCACGUGGUAGAUGCGAUCUGGAGGAUUUUUAUCGUCGUCUCACUCCGCGCGAGGCGAAGUGGUUUACAAGACUUGUCCUGAAGGACUACCAACCGCUUAUUUUGGAUUCUGAACUUGUGUACCGCUGCUGCGAUUCAACCCUGCCCCUGAUCCUCAAAGCGCAGGACGACUUUGCAACUGCUAUCCAAACACUACAAUCGGCCAAGGGCAACAUGCUCCCCAAUUCCACAAGGAGUACCUCACGGAGGGACCAGAUUCUUGCGGCGGUUAAACCAAAAUUGGGAGUGAAAGUGGGGAGACAAAACUGGUUCAAGGGCCGCAGUAUCAAACAUUGUCUAGAUAUGGGACAUGGACGCAUGAGCGUUGAGCAAAAAAUUGACGGGGAGUAUUGCCAAAUACAUGUUGACCUAACGAGUGGGAACUCCAGAGUUCAGAUUUUCUCCAAGAGCGGCAAGGACAGCACUGAGGAUAGACACAAACUACAUGGGAACCAUGUGACACGACGAGGUCGGCUCAUGGAUGUGGACCUGGAUUCACCGCCACGCUCGUAUGAGAAUUUGAUGAUUGUGUACUACGACAUUCUCUUCCACGAUGACCGAUCGUUGCUAGGCGUCCGCCACUCGGAAAGAUUCAAAAUCCUACAAAAGACAAUCAAUUGUGAGGGAGGCCGAGCAGAAUUGGUAAAGCGAACUCUUGUCGACUUUGACCGCCCAACUGCAGCAUCAGAGCUGCGAAAGGCAUUCGCUAGUGUCAUCACUGACAAAGGGGAGGGUCUGGUACUCAAGCCAGAUGACCCUUAUUUUAACUUUCAAGCCAAAGAUGGUCGGAGUUCGGGUCUAUGCAUCAAGCUCAAAAAAGAAUACAUUGGCAACUUCGGUGACGUGGGAGACUUCGCUGUUGUCGGCGCAGGCUUCAACCCUACAAAGGCAUCAUCUUACCGGAUACCCAAUCUUCAAUGGACCAUAUUUUUUGUGGGCUGCUUGAACAACAAGGAAGAAGUCAAACGGUGGAAUGCCAAGCCAGAGUUUACCGUCGUCAGUGCUGUGGAGAUUACAGAACCGCUUCUCAGGAACUUCAUAUCUCAUUGCAGCCCUGUAUCGGUACCAUUACGCAAGAACGAUGCGACAAAGUUGCAUAUUCCAAAGGGCAUCGAGGCUAACGCCUCUUUGACUGCAGCGUUCCAAAACCCUGCAGUUUUCGAUUUGAGAUGCUUCAGCUUUGACAAACCGGGGAAUGUGGGCUUUUGGACGCUAAGAUUCCCUGCCGUGUCCAAGAUUCACUUUGACAGGGACUAUUCGGACGCAGUCACAUUUGAUGAACUGCAACAGAUGGCUCAAGUUGCAAGGGCAACACCAGACCUGGAAGAUAGUCAAGAGAACCUUCACUGGAUUGCGAAGUUGGAGGGGGCCGAUCCUAGAGGGCGUGCGGUUGAUGCUGUCAGUCAACUGACAGCCACAACAAUGCCUACCCCUUCACCUUCCAGCUCUAGACCACCUUUGUCACCAAUAAUGCAGCGACCACAAAGCAGAAGUCCGGAAGUAGUGAGGGCCUAUGGGAUGAGUCAAAAAUCAGCUGAUAUGUCAACUGCCUCGCUCACCACACCACCUACUUCUUCUCCGGUAGAAGAAGAGGCCCGAACACCAGGAAGGGGGAGCAAACGAAAGUGCCCUACAUCGUUUUCACCUACCGCAGCGCUGACACUGCAAAGGCGUCUCUCAAUGACGACCCAUUCGUCACCAGUAGCGGCGACCAAGAAGUUGCGUAAACCUUUGGAUGAUGUUGAUGCUAAUGUCCUGCAGCAGUCUGCAACACCGAACUCGUCGUUUGAAGACGGUGGGAUAGAUCAAUGCGUUGGAUUAACCAAAUCUCCACCAUUUAUACAAGAAACGCAAGAGAAUGAAGCCCCUAGUACACCUGAUGAAGGGAUCAAUCCUACAAAGGGCGAUAUCCGGUGUACGCCAAUUACCAUUUCUUCCGACGAAGCAUCUCAGGCGACAGACAUAUCACCCCAAGUCAAAAAUGGGUGCAAGUUUGCUGCAAAAGAGUGCCAUUUAUUCAAGCACACGAUCCUGCUUGCUUCAAGGGCCCUUGGACCCUCAUCGGAGCGGACAACUCUGUUAGGUGAUCACGGUGCAUCUGAGUUUGCGAUAUCAUUAGACGACUGGUUGCAAGAAAAUAACUAUGGCGCUACGUUGGGGAAAAAGUCAUCGCAUAUAAUUAUCCUGGUCGAUACCGUGGACAAGGCCAGCGAAACCAAACUUGUGCUGGCUGAAGUGGAACGAGCCCGAAAGGAGCUACCCCCGAAAACGCGUGCAUCUCAAGAUCAUGGAAGAUGA